CCGGCUCCGGGCCACGCUCGCGCGUGCGCGCAAGGAACCAGCUACGGGUUUCCGCACGCUGAUCCGCACGAGGUGAAAGGGAAAUGGAGGACUCGGCCUCCUCUCCGGCGCCAAGGUCUGAGGCGGCUGCAGCCUCCAUCUCGAUUCCAAAGGCCCCGACCCAAGGGGAGCAGCUGGACAAAGAUCAGGUUAGAAAGGCACUGGAAGCUCUCUUCACAUAUUCCAAGUCCAGGAAAAACACUAAGGGAUUGCUUUUGGAUGAAAAUGAAAAUGUAUUUUUACUGGUGAUAUUAUGGACAAUUCCAAGUAAAGAACUGAGGGUCAGAUUGCCCUUGCCUUAUAGUAUUCGAACAGAUUUAGAAGAAGUCUGUUUAUUUACCAAGGAUGAACCCAAGAAAACUCCUGAACAGACAGAACAUUUCUAUAGAAAGCUUUUGAAUAAGCAUGGCAUUAAAACUGUAUCUCAGAUUAUCCCCUUCCACACUUUAAAAAAGGAAUAUAAAUCCUAUGAAGCAAAGCACCGCCUUCUUAAUAGUUUUGACCUCUUCCUUGCUGAUGCCAGAAUUAGGCGGCUUUUACCCACAUUCAUGGGGAAACAUUUUUAUCGUAGGAAGAAAGUUCCAGUAUCUGUAAACCUUCUGACCAAGAAUUUAUCAAAAGAGAUCAGUCAAUCUAUAGGUGGAACAACCUUAAACAUCUCUAAAAGUGGUUCUUGCAGCGCUAUACGCAUUGGUCACACUGCAAUGCAGAUUGAGCACAUCAUUGAAAACAUUGUUGCUGUCACAAAAGGACUUUCAGAAAAAUUGCCGGAGAAGUGGAAGAGUGUGAAACUCUUGUAUGUGAAAAAUGAGAGAUCGGUUGCCCUCCCCAUCUUUUCCUCAUUCGUCACCAGUCGGGAUGAUCACUCCUACUUCAUAAGAUGCAUGUUUGACAAUGAGUUGAAAACUGAGUUUGGGGUUCAGGUGCUGGCAACAAAGAAAAAACAAGGAAAAAGCCUUCUUAAAAAACCAAAGGGGAAGAAGAGAAACAGAAAGGUAAAGAAACAGGCUGCAUUAGUCCUAACAAAAGAUGACGUGGCCCCUAAAAUUAGUGGUGUGCCAGAGAAGACACCUGGAUCCCAGAAGGAAAAGACCCCGGAGCAUGGGAAGAAGAAGAAAAAACAUGGCAAAGUAAAAGCCCAACUUGAAGUCACAAAUGAAUCUGAAGAUGAAAUUCCACAGCUAGUACCAAUAGAAACAGCUCCAGCUAAAGAAAAUGUAGAGACUCAAAAACAUGCCACGGGAAAGAAGUCGCCAAGAAAGAGUCCUGGUCCCAACACACCUCGUGGGAAGAAGAGAAAGGCCUUGCCAGCAUCAGAAACCCCGAGUGCUGUGGAGCCUGAGACCCCAGGUAAAAGGCUGGGGAAGAAGCCGAAAAUCAUAGAAGAGGUGGAGAAAGAAAGACACCCUUUGAAGGUGAAAAAAGACCCAAGACAGACACCAAAAAAGGCAGAGGCCAAGGUCUUUGCCACUUCUACUAAAUCUGCAAGAAAGGCUCCCCAUACCCAGAAAGGAUUGCCCAAAAAACCCAAAGUCCCUCAGUCAUCCUAAAGUCAGCGAUACAACCAGAGGUAGCAUCAAAGCUACCUGAAAAGCUUUUUAGAAACACUUGCAUCCUGACCCCCCUUGCAGCCUUCUCCAAGCAUGAGACCUAGACUCAAAUAUUUUUUACAGCUUCCAUAGGUAAUUUUGAUGUAUGUUCCUGGGUGUAAAAACCAGUGGUUUGAAGUAAAAUCUAUUUUUUAAUUAUUGUUCUGUGUAUUUGCUAGUAUAAUAUAUAAUAGAGUGCCUCUCUGUGGUUGCGUUUAUUAUUAAAGUAUAACAUUGCUUCUGGCAUUCCAAA